UUGCAGAGGUCGCACAUGCGUAGUGGGACUAUACAUUUGUUGUUUCACUAAAUCCAGGGACCCAUAUAGCAGACUGGAGGUUUUUGUAACCGUUAUCACAGAAAAGUUGAAAGAAAAUUUUAUAAGUCUCACCCUUUUCACUGUGCUUUAUGGUAUUUCAAUAUGGUAAGCAUGAAUGCACUCGAAACUGGGGAGGAUGGAACACGAGAGAUUCCGUGGAGGGAGAGUCUUUCUCCCGAAAGGAUGACUCAAACCUUAGCAUGGGGGAUGCUAAGUCUGAUUCUGUUUAUGAUGGCAGCAAUAUUGGGAAUGACGAUGAUUACAGUAAUAUGUAUGAUGAGUACAAUGAUUUUCAUGAGGGAUCAGAUACGGAAGAGGAUGAUGAAGAUGAAAAUGAGCGUCCAUACACAUCAACUCCACAGUCCAUGCCUUUUAAAUUCAUUAAUGGAAAAGAUGGAAUGGCAACAUGUGAAAAGUGUGGGGCAGUAGGAAUCAAACAUGCCUUCUACUCCAAGUCAAAGCGUUUCUGCAGUCUAUCUUGCUCUCGAAGCUUUGCCACUUCUCAGAGAGAGGGAAAACUGAGCCCCACAGGAAAGGGUGAUAGAGUCAUGUCACCACUGCCUCCCAAAAAGCCAGCAGCAAAGAAGAUAGCAAACCAAGUCCACAACUCAAGACCCGUGGACAAUGUUCCCAGAUCACUAACCAAAAGAACAGGUGGGUUGAAAGGAUUUGACUGGGGACCUUACAUAUCCUCUGGAGGGGCAGAAGCUGCACCUGUUAGCUACUUUAAACAUUGUCCAAUGUUUGAUAGCUGGCACAACAUCACAACAGGGAUGAAGCUUGAAGUCAUCAACUUUGAGUGUGACCUUGCCAGUAAUGCAUUCUGGAUUGCCACAGUCAUUAAAAUAGCAGGGUACAAAGCUUUGAUGCGUUAUGAAGGUUAUAAUGCCAAUGACCCAUCACAUGACUUCUGGAUUAACCUGUGUACAGAGGAAGUACAUCCAGUUGGCUGGUGUGCCACUAGUGGGAAACCCCUUGUUCCUCCGAAGUAUAUACAGAACAAGUAUUUGGAUUGGAAAGAGUACUUGGUGAAAAGACUGACAGGUUCCAGAACACUUCCCAAUAACUUCUACAACAAGGUGGUGGAAUCUAUCAAUAGUCAUGGUUUUAAGCACCACAUGCAGGUAGAAGUGGUGGACAAAAUGUGUGUGUCAGCUAUGCGUGUAGCUAGAGUGGAGGAAAUUAUUGGGGGAAGAUUAAGACUUCAAUAUUCAGACACAAAGGAGGAGGAUGACUUUUGGUGUCAUUGUCGAUCAUCUUUAGUUCACCCUAUUGGCUGGUCCCAGCAAAUGGGACACAAACUACAUGCUACUAAUGAUUACCGAAACAAGUGCUUGAAUAAAAUAGCUGUAGAGAAAUAUGAUGCCAGUGAUGCCACUCCAAGCUUGUUUGCCAAAAUGAAGGAUCCUCCAAAUGGAUUAAAAUUUCAGGUUGGAAUGAAGUUAGAAGCCAUUGAUCCAUUAAACCUAUCUGCUAUUUGUGUUGCCACUGUAAUGAAGGUGCUUAAGAAUAAUUAUCUGAUGAUUGGUAUUGAUGGGUCCAUGGCAGAGAAUGGAUCUGACUGGUUCUGUUAUCAUGCCACCUCACCUUGUAUAUUUCCUGUUGGAUUCUGUGAAAUCAAUGGUUUAGAUCUCACCCCACCCAGAGGUCAUAAAGGUCCAUUUAAAUGGUUUGACUACCUGAAGCAUAUGAAGGCUGUAGCAGCACCUGUCAAACUGUUUGACAAAGACAUACCAAAGCAUGGUUUCAAGAGUGGAAUGAAGAUUGAAGCCGUUGAUUUAAUGGAGCCAAGACUUAUCUGUGUGGGGACUGUUUCAAAAGUGGUUGGCCGCUUGUUGAGAGUUCACUUUGAUGGCUGGGAAAAUGAGUAUGAUCAGUGGGUAGACUGUGAAUCACCCGAUAUGUACCCAGUGGGUUGGUGUGAGGUUAUGGACUACGGUCUGGAAGGACCGAGGGUCAAAGUGGAACAAGUUCAGCAAGUAAUACCUACACAUAAAAUGUCAAAGGAGCAGAAGAAACGCAAAGGCAAAACCCAGAUAUACAAAGGCCCAAGAAAGAGUAAGAAAACCGAGAGGAAGACCAAGCUUGGCUCCCCAUUAGCUGACCAGCAGCAUCGGUCUCUACAGGAGAACAACCGUGAUCAGGGAUUUUUGUCCUAUGGCAGCCGCACUCGUCCAGCCCACCACAGUCUGCCACCGCUAGUGGAUCCUGUGGUGUCAUCAGUUGCUAAAGGACCAUCAGAAAUGGAGACUUCAGACACAAGCACCAACGAUGGACCACCACAAUUAAGUCCUCACUCCAUUACAGAAAACCAGUCAAAACCCACGUCACAAACUACAGUUCAUUCUGAAAGCCAAUCAAAGUCAUUGUCACAAAUAUAUAUUAAACAGGAACCGUUGGACACAUCCCAUAAUCAGUCCAAUUCUAGCAUUACCACUUCACCUAAUGGAAAAACAGCCCUGUCUAAUCUCUUGCUGUCCAAAACCACUAAUCAUGUGAAAACAGUCUCUCCUGCAAAUUCCCAGGUUAAUGAACAAAUGUCAUUACUUGCCACACGCCAGUCAACUGUGACGCCUGACCAGUGGUCUGUGUCUGACGUCUGCUACUUUCUCAAAUCACAUGACUGUGCUUUCUACUGUGAAACCUUUGUGAAAAUGGGAAUUGAUGGUCAGAAGUUGUUAGCCCUAACCAAGGAGCAGAUAGCUAGUAUCACAGGGAUGAAAGUUGGUGCUUCUCUGAAGAUCUCAGAACUUGUUCAGCAACUCAAAUCCAGGUGCAGCAAACAAAAUGUUUAGUUGUACUGGAAGAAAACCUGAGUGUCAGGUGCAAGGCAGCAUAAUUACCCAGACUCCAGGAAGGUCUGUUUCAAAGUGCUUCAGUGUAAUACUUACAUAACCAGCAGAUGAACCUAGUGCAAUUCCAUGCAAAAGUAAUGGUCACUUUCCUUGAAAACUGUCAAUAGUAUUCUUAAUUUCAUUGUGUAAUAGUGGUUUAUUACUGUUGAUUUAUGUUCUUGUACAUUUCUUUACUUUCAUGGAAAUCUGAGCAUAAUUUGUGUACUGUCAUAGCUUUUUGAAGAGCAUUUUAUAUUGUGUAUCUAUGUGCAUGAAUGUGAAUGAAAGGUUCCUGAAUUUUAGAUUGACCUAUUGCAUAAAUAGAUAUCAAGUGAUAAUGUUUUAUUGAUCUGAGAAAAUAAGGGCAUUGAUUUCAUAACGAGGUAAACAAAGAAGUGUACAUAAAUACUCUAUACAUGUGUAGGUCAUUGUAACAGUGAAGAUGGACAUGAGUGUUUGUGUCAAAGAAAAUUUCCAUCGAAAAUAUUUUACAGAAAUAAAAUUUUAUUUGGUAUAUGGCAAUAAAGUAUGUCCAUGGGUUUGGGUGAGGCGGGAUUAUGUCAUGAUUUUAAUGUGAUUUGUACAAAAGUUUAUAAAUAUUUUGUUUAUAAGGAACAUGAAUUGUAUUUAGUUGUUAAAAUUAGAUUGCAGAUUAAGGAAUUUUAUUUUAUUUCUAGUUUAUUUUGUACAAAACUGUAUAUACAAUCUCUAUACAUAUUGAGUAAGAUUUUAUUUUACAUGUUAAUUUCAAUUUAUUAAAAACUCAGUGUUGAGAA